GCGCUCCGUUCGCUCCGCCAUGUCAAGUGCGGGUCGGGCGGUGCGGCGGGGCCAUGGACUGGAAGCGGAGCCUGAGGAACCGGCUGGCGGCGAGAUCCAAAAAGAGCGAGCAGGAACUGAAAGAUGAAGAGAUGGAGCUGUUCACAAAGUAUUACGUGGAGUGGAAAGGAGGGAGAGCUAAAGUCAAUACGUCAUACACGAACAUACCGCGAUUUUAUUACAGGCUGCCAGCUGAAGAUGAAGUCUUGCUUCAAAAAUUAAGAGAAGAAUCUAGAGCGGUCUUUCUGCAAAGGAAAAGUAGAGAGCUGUUGGAUAACGAAGAGCUUCAGAAUCUGUGGUUCCUACUGGACAAACAUCAGACAUCACCAAUGAUUGGGGAAGAAGCAAUGAUUAAUUAUGAGAACUUCUUGAAAGUGGGUGAAAAAGCUGGACCUAAAUGCAAGCAGUUCUUCACAGCAAAGAUCUUUGCUAAAUUACUCAAUAAUGAUCCUUAUGGGAGGAUAUCUAUCAUGCAGUUCUUCAAUUAUGUCAUGCGAAAAGUGUGGCUUCAUCAAACAAGGAUAGGUCUCAGUUUAUAUGAUGUGGCAGGACAGGGCUACCUCAGAGAAUCAGAUUUAGAAAACUAUAUUUUAGAACUCAUCCCUACUUUGCCACAACUGGAUGGCUUAGAAAAAUCUUUUUACUCCUUCUAUGUCUGCACAGCAGUUAGGAAGUUCUUCUUCUUUCUGGAUCCCCUCAGAACAGGGAAGAUUAAGAUACAGGACAUUUUAGCUUGCAGCUUCCUGGAUGACUUACUGGAGUUAAGGGAUGAAGAACUUUCUAAAGAAAGUCAGGAAACAAAUUGGUUUUCUGCUCCUUCUGCACUAAGAGUUUAUGGACAGUACUUAAACCUUGAUAAAGAUCACAAUGGCAUGCUCAGCAAAGAAGAGCUGUCCCGGUAUGGAACAGGGACCCUGACCAACAUAUUCCUGGACCGUGUCUUUCAGGAAUGCCUAACUUAUGAUGGAGAAAUGGACUAUAAAACCUACCUGGACUUUGUACUUGCAUUAGAAAACAGAAAGGAGCCUGCAGCUCUGCAAUAUAUUUUCAAACUGCUUGACAUUGAGAACAAAGGAUACCUGAAUGUCUUUUCCCUUAAUUAUUUCUUUAGGGCUAUUCAGGAACAAAUGAAAAUCCAUGGACAAGAACCAGUUUCUUUUCAGGAUGUCAAGGAUGAGAUCUUUGAUAUGGUGAAGCCUAAAGAUCCUUACAAAAUCUCCCUUCAAGAUUUAAUCAAUAGCAGUCAAGGAGACACUGUUACCAGUAUUCUAAUUGAUCUGAAUGGGUUCUGGACAUAUGAGAACAGAGAGGUCCUUGUGGCAAGUGAUAAUGACAGCAUUGCUGAUGCUGAUGAUACGUGACUUUCAACAGGAGUAAACUGCAUCCAUUGAGAUAUCUCUUAACCGAUGCAUUCAUUAACUACUGGAUGCUGGGGACAUUAUUUAAAUUGAUGCCUCUUCCAUUUUACUGCCCUCCCAUCUUCCUCAGGCAUGUAAAAUAAAAUGCGGUAUGUAGAAAUCAGUUCUGUAGAUUCUUUGAGAUGAAAGCAGCAGGUCUUGUUUAAGAGGUAAUGAUGAUCUGUUGUGUUUUUGUUUGGUUUUGUUUUUCAAAUAAAUGUUUUUAGAGUUUUUCCUUA